AUGACUUCACUGGGUUGGAAUCUUGCAUUCCCUAAAAUCCCUAAAGUUGCGAAAUUCCUGCAGCCUCUGUCAAAUUGGCUUGUGUUCCUCAUCGCUGGUCUCUCUAUUGGUCUGCUUAGCGGUGUUCUCUCCAUUCUUUCCGUUUGGCUCGCGAAUCUCAAGUCUGGGCGAUGCGUAGACAAUCUAUCAACACUCAAGACUACCUGCGUUGAUUGGAGGGAAUGGUCUGAUUGGUCCAUUCUCAACUACUUCAUUUACAUACUUUUCUCUAUCUUUUUCGCUUUCGUAGCUGCUUUCGCCGUGCACAGACUAAGCCAACAGGCUUCUGGUAGCGGUAUAAGUGAAAUCAAGUGCAUUAUUGCUGGUGUUGACUAUCCCGGCUAUCUUCACUGGCCGGUGCUCGCUGUGAAGGCGUGUACUUUGCCACUCGCCAUCGCUUGCGGCCUGUCCAUCGGCAAAGAGGGUCCCUCAGUCCACGUUGCCUGCUGCAUCGCACAUCUCCAAGCCUCUCUCUUCCCCUAUUUCCGCAAAAGCACCGCCAAGAUGCGCGAGAUUCUCGUCGCUGCCAGUGCGGCUGGUGUUGCGUGUGCAUUCGGUAGUCCAAUCGGCGGCGUCAUGUUCUCCAUCGAGGAGAUGACACAUACACACACAACCAAGAUGAUCUGGCGCAGUUUCUUCUGUGCACUCGCUGCCACUGCUAUGCUCUCCGCCCUCAAUCCUUUCCACACAGGUAAACUCGUUCUUUUUCAAGUAUCGCACGACACCAGUUGGCACUUUUUCGAGAUUGUCUACUUUAUAGUGCUCGGUGUGUUUGGGGGUCUCUUCGGGUCUGUUGUCAUCAAGCUCAAUCUGGCAUAUACGGAGGUACGGCGCCGUCACCUGCUUCGCUAUCCUGUCAGUGAGGCAGUUAUACUAGCGCUAGUGAGUGGGGUGCUCAGCUACCCGAACCCGCUCCUCCGCAUCGACAUGACGGAGGGGCUAGCGAUGUUAUUGCGGGAGUGCAGUCCUGGCAAUAACAGCGAUAACCACAUUGAAGAUUACGGGAUGUGCGAUGCAUCACAAGCAUGGACGACUAUCCACCGCACACUGUUGGCUACAGUGAUACGAACGGUGCUCCUGAUUAUCACAUAUGGGUGCGGGGUACCCGCGGGUUUAUUUGUGCCGUCGCUAGCAGCUGGAGCCACUUUCGGUCGACUGGUGGGCACUGUGAGCGCGAUGGUGCAUGCUCGUUACGCCCACAUGCCCUUCUUCGCUGAGUGCCACGCGUCUGCGUCCCAAGCGCCGUGCAUCUCACCGCCUACUUACGCUCUACUCGGUGCUGCCGCGGCGCUUAGUGGUGUACUGCGAAUCUGGGUAACUGUCCCCAUUAUCAUCUUCGAGCUUACAGGCGCACUAGGCCAUAUUCUACCCACUAUGAUCGUCCUAAUCACUACAAAAGGGGUUUCGGACUGGUUAAGCGGAGGAGAGGGCAUGGGUGGGCACGCUGAGCAGGCUAUACGGCGCAGUAAGAUACCCGUGUUGACGAGAACGGAUGGCGAAGGUGAAGGGGAUGGUGAGGGUGAGGGUGUGCACGUCGCACUAGCCAUGACGCCGCUCGCUCAGCUCGUCGUGCUGCGCGAACACAUGCAGGUAGGCGACGUAGACAACGUCUUGCAAAGCAAGCACAGCGGAUAUCCCGUCGUGCGGUCUGUGGAUGGGGAUGGAAUGCAGCUCGUUGGCUACGCAGAUGCUCAAACCCUCGCUAAACGCCUCGCGCAACUCGAUCGGCUGUCUCAGUGGGCGUGGGUGAGUUUCAGCACUUUCGGUGGUGAGCAGACCAUCUUUGAUGUGGAUGUGGAUGCAGGUGAUAGCGAUAGUGAUAGUGAUGGUGGUGGUGAUGGUGUAGACACUCCCACACGCACUCCCACCGCUAUCAACCUCAGCGACACACUCACGGAAACGCCCAUCACCAUCGCCCCCUCGACACCCCUACACGUCGCAAUGAAGCUGUUUAAGAGGCUGGGGCCGCGCGUGAUGCUCGUCGUGCGUCUUGGCGCGCUGGAGGGUUUGGUGGGAGUGGCGGAUGUGCUGAGGGAGCGAGACAGCCGGGCCAGCAGGGACAGCAGGGACAGCAGGAGCAACACUCGCAGCACGAUAUGGAUCCAACUAAGGGACUAUAUAACGACAAAGAUAAAUAUAUAA